AUGAAACCCAAGCAAUCCAAUUUAACGAAGCACGAGAAUAGUGAAAAGCAUUUGCUGCGCGUCAAAGCUUCAAGGUCGGUCAAGCCAAUUCAAGUCGUGCGGAACCCAACGAUCGCCGAGGAAGUGAAAACUGCAGAAAUCGAGCUAGCUGUGACAAUGGCGUGCCAUUCUUCAAUUCUAACCAUGGAUCAUCUCGGGGAGAUUAUCGCACGUAAUGCGACAGGAAGUAGACUUGCGAACAUUAAGAUACAUCGUGCGAAAUGCACAAAAAUUCUUACUAAUAUAGUAAGUCCCGCGCUGAAAGAAGAAUUAAUUGCCGAUGUGAGUGGAAAGAAGUUUUCUUUACUUGUUGAUGAGAUGAGCCCGGAUGACGACCAACUACCGCCGUUCGAGAAGUAUUCCGCAACACGGUGGUUGGUGCGAGGAAAGUUGAUCUUCCGUGUUCUGACCAAUUGGAGCGAGUUGCAGGCUUAUUUUACCGUAGCCCAACCAGCAAGUAAACAGAAUGCCCGUUACAAGGCACGUAUGCUUCUUGACAUGCUCAAGGAUCCCAUUCUUUAUUUAUUUUUCCAGUUUGUGUCGCCUCUAGUCUCUGAAUUUGAACAAGUCAAUGCAUUUUUCCAAGCUACCGAUGCCGAUCCCGAAGAGAUGUUCACUGAAUUGAAUACACACCACUUGUCUUUGCGUGGAAGGGUUUUCAACCAAGAAAGAGAGCAACUCGCCAUUGAAAAUGUUGAUUUUGGUGGGAAGUUCCUGUUUGAAGCAAUGAAAUUUAUCUCUUCUCAACAGGACAAAGCUGUUGCUCAAGCUAAAGUUCUUGAAGUGAAGACACGAUGCCUAGAUUUUCUUUUGGAAGCCAUUACACAAGUCGAAAAGCGUCUACCUGCCACCAGCAACGUAUUCAAAGGUUUAAGCGCCCUUCAUCCACGAAAAGUGUUGAAUGUAGCAACAAGAGUCCCUGUGAGUCAGCUGCCCCUUCCUCACCUACGAUUUGAGAAAGUCAAUGAGAUCGAAGAGCAAUACCGAAAGAUCGUGCACCGUGACUGGAAAGAAGAUUCUAGCUUUGAUGGCACCAUACCAGAUACAACGGUUGCGUUUUGGUCUCGUGUCGCCGACGUUCAAACUUCACUUGGAGACAAGCCAUUCAAGGAAUUAGCAACAUACGUCUUGAACUGCCUCACUACUCCCGUAAGCAAUGCUGUAGUGGAAAGGUCAUUUUCCUUGUUAGCAGCAAUCAAGACCAAGCAACGCAACAGGAUGAAACUAGAGUUGAUGAACACGAUAAUUCGUAUUCAUUCAAAGCUUCAGUUUGGAGAGAAUUGCUGCGUGGACUUCAAGACCACCAGGCGAAUGCUCGAGCUGUUUACAGUCAAACAGUUGUAUGAUUCACAAGGAGAAAACAGUUGA